UAAAAAUAAUUCACAUAUUAUCGAUUCUAGGGUUUCGUUUUCGCUGUCGCGCGAGCUCCGUCUCCCUCCUCGAUUUCGAUCGUCUUCUAGGGUUUCUCUCUGCAUCGAUCUCUUCGGAUUUGUAGCAGCGGAAGCUAAUCGAACGGUUUUUUCGGUAGAGGAAGCUAAUCGGACGGUGAUCAUGUACGGGUCGAGGGGGGCAAUGAUGGGGAGCGGGGGGGUUUCGGACGGGUACAACGAGGGAUCAUCAAAGAGGCCACGAAUGACGGAAUCGAAUCCCUACUUCGCAGUGACUGGCAGCGGAAGCUCUGCGUCGGACUACGAUGCCACCUCCAAGAGGCCGAGGAUGAUCGAUCCGAAUCCAUACUUUGGAUCAUUGGCAACCACCAGCUUCUACCAACCCUUCAGCAGCAGCACUUUCGCGGGAGGAGGAAGUGGCAGCCUCUAUAACUUCCCUGUAGUUCGCUUAAGGGGACUUCCAUUCAAUUGCGAUGACGUUGAUAUCUUCAAGUUCUUUGCAGGUCUCGACAUCUUGGACUGUUUACUUGUCAACAAAAAUGGACGCUUCUCCGGCGAGGCCUUUGUGGUUUUCCCCUCCCCCAUGCAAGCCGAGUUUGCCCUUCAAAGAGAUCGGCAGAACAUGGGGCGAAGGUACGUCGAAGUCUUUCGGUGCAAGAAGCAGGACUACUACAGUGCGAUUGCUGCUGAAGUGAACUCCGGUGGCUCCUACGAAAGCGAAUAUCGCCGAAACUCACCCCCUCCUCGGCCUAAGAAAACCCAAGAGGAUAAAGAGCAGAUGGAGUACACAGAGGUCCUCAAGCUCCGCGGGCUGCCAUACUCUGCGGCCGCGGCUGAUAUCGUGGAGUUCUUUGCCCCAGACUUUGAAUUGAGCGAGGAGAACGUGCACGUUGCUUGUCGGUCAGAUGGGAAAGCGACGGGCGAGGCAUAUGUUGAGUUCCUGUCGGCGGAAGUGGCGAAGAAGGCGAUGUGUAAAGAUAAGAUGACGAUCGGGUCAAGGUACGUGGAGUUGUUCCCAUCGACGCCGGAGGAGGCAAGGAGAGCCAAAUCUAGAUCUAGGCAAUAAACUUCCUGCUGAAUAAGCAAUUUCGCUGGAUACAGCUUUUCCGUGUUUCACUAUGGUUGUUGGGAUGCUGACUUGCUGUCUUUGGUCUCUUACUUUUCCAGAUAGGUUGUUAUAAAUGUGACAGAUAAUCAAUGAAACUUCUAUUUAGUGCUGUAUCUUAGCUUGGACAAAUAUCUACGUCACUUCCGUUUAUAUGUGAUCACUGAACUGAUACUACGGAGAGCCCCUUUCUCUUCAUGCUUUCGACCAUCUCAUCUCUUGAAUUGGAUCUCUCAUGUAGAAUAGAUUGCAGAGUAUAACCGCAUGUUUGGUAUGUCA